GUUCUCUUCUCCGAAGAACGUGAGGCGCUGGGAAGGAAUAUCAGGGUGUGUAGAGAACCGACAAGAUGGUCAAGUUCCUCAAGCCGAACAAGGCCGUGAUCCUCCUUCAAGGACGCUACGCUGGUCGCAAGGCCGUGAUUGUGCGUACUUUCGACGAUGGCACGCGCGACCGCGCGUACGGCCACUGCUUGGUCGCUGGAAUCAAGAAGUAUCCCAGUAAAGUCAUCAAGAAGGAUUCCGCCAAGAAGACGGCGAAGAAGUCUCGUGUUAAGGCUUUCGUCAAGCUCGUGAACUAUCAGCACCUCAUGCCUACUCGCUAUACCCUCGAUGUGGAUCUCAAGGACUUAGUGACAAUCGAUGCUCUUCAAGCCAAGGACAAGAAGGUGACCGCCUUGAAGGAGACCAAGAAGAGGUUUGAGGAGAGGUUCAAGACUGGCAAGAACAGGUGGUUCUUCACCAAGCUUAGGUUUUAAGUGUUGCUUUUUCCGUAACAACGGCGCCGUUUAGUGUCGUGAGGAUUGGGGACUUGAAAAACGCUUGUUUCUUUUGUGUUUUAGUUUUUUUCUUCGAAUGAAAUUUUGAUUCUUAUGCAGUGUUUUACAAUCUAUUGUUGGAACGCUUUGGAUUAUAUGCUAGUUUCGUGAAUUAAAGUGCUAAAUGUGUUAUAUUUAA